AUGGCUUCUCAUUGGCAACACUACAUUGACAACAACAUUGUAAAAUCCCGAUAUUUUUCACAUGGAGCCAUUCAUGGUCUCAAUGGAACAAAAUGGGCGCAAUCUUCAGGAAUUGACAUUUCGAAAAAUCAAAUCAAAACGUUGUUAUCGUAUUUAGAGGAAGAACGAGAACGAAAAUUAGAAAAUCGAAUGAAAUCUACAACGUUGAAUGGUGUGAAAAAAUCACAUUUUGAAUCUCCGUUACAUCAUUCCAAUUCCGAUUCUGUUCUGAUACAAUACGAUAUUCAUAACAAUAGUCAUCAACAAGCUACAAGUAAUAAUCAUACAGGAGGAUCGAAUCAUUCCAAUUUGAAUGAGCAUGACAUAUUGAACUCUCUCGUUUUUUCUAAAAAAGGAAUUUUUUCACAAAGUGGAGGAGCAGCAGGAGCAUCUGCUUCAUCCAAUUCUUCUUCAAAUAAUAGUGUUUCCAAUAGUUUUUCAAAUAACAAUACGAAUAUUGGAUUAGAAAUUAAUUUUUGUGGAAACCAAUUUUUCAGAAUUAUUCAAAUCGAUCAAUAUAGUGCCCUGUUAGCUUCUUGGAACUUUGGAGAUGAUACUUCGACGGCUUCCCUUCCAUUAGCAAAGGUCUUCGAUGUUGAACAUGCCAAGUUCUUAAUUCCUCCGACACAUGUAUUCUAUUGUGUGACAACUUUGAAAUGUAUCUUGACAGGAAUGGUGAAUUUAUCAGCACUCCAUUUUCAACAUGAAGACAUGACCGUUCAGCAACAAUUUGGAACUGUUCGAAAAACGUUGGAUAAAUUUGCUGAUUAUUUAAUUGAAUCAGGAUUUUAA